AUGAUCGGUAUCCUCAAUCGCCUUUAUCGUCGGAAUAGACGUAUAUUGAUGGUCAUAUUCUUGAUCAUGAUGAUAUUUUUCACCCUCAAUAAUCUUGAAACCACGCGCUUUCCAGAUUUGUUAGAUCCCUCUUCUAACAGCAUUGCUACCAAAUCAAAACAAGACGAUCCGGAAGAAUAUCAAGACCAACUUCGAAAACUUAAUAAACAGAAGUUUGGGGGUGGUACACAACAGCUUCUGCAUAGUGAUAUUGAUGUUAAUAUUCGAACCACCAACGAGUAUCUCAUGUCUCAUCUUUCAUUGAGUCAAGUUGAUUUGAAUAAAUUGGAACUUGCAACAAAAAACCCUUUCCCUUUCGAUUCGGCGAGACUUGCUACAAUUCAUUCAUCUUUGAAAGAUAUUUUCCAAGUUUAUAAAGAUUCGGCACCAACUAUAGACUCGCUUGGUCGUUACAAACACAGCCAAAGAAUUUAUCAUGCAGGGUACGAUACCAAAGUGGACCCUAAUGCCCCAGUGUUCACCGAAGAUUACUUACGUGAGUUUUUGGAUUUAAACGAUGAAGAGCUUCAAGCAAUGAAAUCAUCACACGAGAAUGUGGUCAGAAACCUUCCAGAAAAUUUCUCCGAAGGGGCGUUCAAAGGGAAUGGUAUUGUGUACGUUGGGGGCGGUAAUUUUAACUGGCUCGUGAUGCUAUCAAUUAAAACUUUACGUUAUUUAGGAUCGGAAUUACCAGUCGAAGUUAUCAUUCCAAAAGUCGAAGAAUACGAAAUCGAUCUCUGUGGUCGAGUAUUUCCUGCAUUGGGAGCUAAAUGUGUUUUACUUCCUCAAGUUUUGGGCGCUGAAGUGGUGAAAAACUUCAAAUUCUUUGGAUACCAAUAUAAAGCCCUUGCGUUACUUGCCUCAUCUUUUGAAAAUGUUCUUCUUCUUGACUCCGAUAAUGUCCCUGCUGCAAAACCCGAUUAUCUAUUUGAUUCAGAGCCUUAUAAGUCUAAAGGUUUAAUCUCUUGGCCAGAUUUCUGGAAACGCGCCACCUCUCCAUAUUUCUACGAUAUCGCGGGAAUUACUGUUUCUCAAAGACGUACACGGUAUGGUUAUCAUAAUUAUGGAGUCUAUGAGGCGGGAAUCAUCAACGAAAAUGAACAAGAUCCUUCUCAAAUACCUCUACAUGACCGCGAGGGGACAAUUCCUGAUCCGACUACCGAAUCCGGUCAAUUGAUGAUUUCCAAGAAAUUCCAUGCUAAGACCCUUCUUUUAUCACUUUAUUACAAUUUAUAUGGCCCAUCACAUUAUUACCCUCUUUUCUCACAAGGAUCAGAUGGUGAAGGUGAUAAAGAAACCUUCUUGGCGGCGGCAGUGGUUUUAGAUAAGCCAUUUUACCAAGUCAACAAAUUCCUUAAUGCAUUUGGACAUUACGAUGAAGAUCGUACGUUUAUUGGCUGUGGGAUGGGUCAAUACGAUCCUGUGGAAGAUUAUUCAAUCCUUAGUAAUAAUUUAGAUUUAUUGAAGGAGCGACCAGAAAAAAAUUUCAUGAGUUUCCAAGAUGCAAACGAUGCUGGUAUUCCUUUGCAACAGAAUACUCCUAGAAUAUUGUUUAUUCAUGCCAAUUUCCCAAAACUCAACCCGGCAGAACUUAAAAAGAAAGGGAUUCUCUUCAAGAAAAAUGGAGAUCGGAUCAGGUUGUAUGGAGAAGGUAUGCCAAAGAGGGUGGGUUAUGAUUUCGAAUUGGUCCAAUGGACUUCGAUGUACUCUUUGGUUUGUGAAUUAGAAAUCAAGGUUGAUGCGUUCAACAGCAUUUCUAGAAACGAUUUGUGUGAUGAGAUUUCAGCACAGCUUGCAUUCUUGAAGAAUAGUAUUAAUUCAUUAGACAUUUGA